AUGUCCAUCUUCCAGGACGCCCGCAAUGGGACCCUUUCCAAAUACAAAAUCGACACUUAUCUCAAAAAUGACCCCAACAUCCUUGAGUCCAUAGACCCCUCCACCGGCCUGACGCCUCUUGGUACUGCUGUCGUCGCUGGUAUUCCCAACGUUGUGGAAACCCUCCUCAAAAAGGGCGCCAAGGCAGACGCACCAUCCAGAGAUGGAGAGACUCCCCUACUCCUCGCCACUUGGAUGACGACCAAGGAGCGCCCCAAGAUUGUCCAGCUACUUCUCGCCUCCACUCCAGCCGGUUCAGUUGACAGCACUACCGACGCUGCUGGGAACAAGACACCUCUCAUGUUUGCCAUUCAGAAGCGCGACAUCCAGUCCAUCCGCAACCUACGCCGUGCCGGUGCUUCUCUGACCGUCAAGAACGCCGCUGGCACCACGGCUCGAGAGGACGCCGUCGCUACCAAAGACAUGGCCGUCGUUCGUGCGCUCGACCCCGACAAGGAGCGUGGCCUUUCUGGAAUGGUCACUGACAUGGUCCUCGCUUUCCUACUCUACAUCGUGGCCUGGGUGAAUGGUGCUCUUGAGGACGCAGUCCGUCGCGCAUCCGGCCUAAGCGGCCAAGACGAUCCUCAGAUUGACGGUAGAGUGAACAAAGGCCUCACCCCAAAUAAGAACCAGUUCCAGAAAAAUGUCGACAAGUAUGUCAACGAGAAUCCAGUCCUCAAGAAUUUCUUCAAAGACCGUCCCGACUUCAUCCAGCAAGUUGCCAAAAAGGCGGCGAAUCUGGAGAAGGAAGAUGAACCUCUUGGCGACAAAGAUACUCUUCCAAAGACCAUCAAGGUGUCGCUGCACCAGCAGGUGAUUUACUGCGGCAAGUCCUCCCAGGCCCAAGCUAUCGAGCUGUUCAACACUCAUCUCGUGAAACUCAGCUGA